GAAAUAUGCAUAUAUCGGAAUAUGUGCCCCAUUGUAUGCAAUGAAAUGGCCGUACGCAUGCCAGCCUUUUGUGCCGAGUUAAACACCUCCUUCGCAACACACCAACAUAGGUACUCACAGCCAGUGUCGUAUACUUCGAGGAGAUACUCGGUACAUAUUUUUACUGUUGGGAUUCAUUCAUUUGUUCGAGUUUUGUCUUGCUCGUUUGCCCACUAUGUCUACGACGCCGGUGGUCAACUUCAUCACUGGCAACGCCAACAAAUUGCGCGAAGUCAAGGCAAUCUUAGAGCCCGCCAUCACUGUACAGAGCAAGGCAGUCAACCUGGAGGAGGUUCAAGGUACGGUCGAAGAAGUCACCCUGGCCAAAUGCCGCAAGGCAGCAGAAAUAAUUCAAGGCCCCGUUCUCGUCGAGGAUACCUGCCUCUGCUUCAAGGCUCUCAACGACCUUCCCGGCCCGUACAUCAAAUGGUUUAUGGAAUCCAUUGGCCACCAGGGCCUGAACAACCUCCUUGUUGCGUACGAAGAUAAAUCCGCCGAUGCUGUCUGCACCUUCGCUUAUUCGCCAGGUCCCGGUCAUGAGCCUGUCCUUUUCCAGGGGCGAACGAGGGGCAAGAUUGUCCCACCCCGAGGCCCAGCCGAUUUUGGAUGGGAUGCCAUCUUCGAAUAUGACGGCCAGACCUACGCCGAGAUGGAUAAGAGCGUCAAGAACAAUAUCUCCCACCGUGGUCUUGCUCUAAGGAAGCUACAAGACUGGUUCGCUCAGCAGUGA